GAUAAAACAGAGCUUCGCAUCUCCAUCGUCACCUCUCUCCCCUCUUCUCCAGCGUCCGAUUUUCCUCUCUCCAUCUUCAUCCAUCGCCUCUCGCGCCCAAAUUUCGUCCUAAACUUUUACGAAUUUUUCUCUCUCCAAUUGGGUUUUGUUGUUUGAAUGGCGGAGGGCCCCGCGAGUCCAGGCGGUGGAAGCCAUGAGAGUGGGGAUCUGAGUCCAAGGUCGUCAAAUGUUCGGGAGCAGGAUAGGUUCUUGCCGAUUGCGAAUAUCAGUCGGAUUAUGAAGAAAGGGUUACCAGCUAAUGGCAAAAUUGCCAAGGAUGCUAAGGAGACCGUACAGGAGUGUGUUUCAGAAUUUAUCAGUUUUAUCACCAGCGAGGCAAGUGACAAGUGUCAAAGGGAAAAGAGGAAAACUAUUAAUGGCGAUGAUCUUCUAUGGGCAAUGGCUACCUUGGGGUUCGAAGAUUAUAUCGAGCCCCUCAAGUCGUACUUGAAUCGUUACAGAGAGAUGGAGGGUGACACCAAGGGAUCUGGAAAGGGCCAUGAAGGAUCUAGCAGGAAAGAUGGGAUGCAGCCCAGUCAUAAUCCACAGCUUGCUCAUCAAAAUUCGUAUCCUCAGGGUCUGAAUUAUGCAAACUCGCAGUCGCAAGCUCAACAUAUGAUGGUCCAGAUGCAACGCACAGAGUAGCAUUUGGUGGUUCUGGCAUUAUUCUUGUUAUCUCAGUUGUGGGGUUUGUAGGAGUGUUCUUGAUAUGUAUUCUUGUAGGGUAUAUAUACAACGUUCUCUCCAAAUAGGCUUCCAAUUAUUUUAGAUGUUAAGAUCAAACCUUUUGGUGGUCUUGGAGAAUCUGUCUCGUGUAUCAGGGCAGGAUACAGAAUGGAACUAAUCCUCCCUUGAAAGAUGUCUGUCUGUCGGUGUUUAUUUACAUAUGUUGAAAAAGAUUGCCCUUUUUUCUUGGGUAUUAAAAACCCAUAUUAAAGAUUUAUUUUUACC